GAACAAAACCCAACAAUCAAUAAAUUCAUCACUCAUCCUAAGCUCAGCCACUUCAUGGAUCAAGAACCAUGUAAGCAGGCCUUAGAUUUGAUAGUAAGCACUAAUCACAUGGCGAGUUCUCCGAGUUGAUACAGCAUAGCCUUCUAGAUCUGGAAGGGUCCGUGAGCGAGAUACAUUGUGAGAGCAUGGGCGUAUUGUACAUUUAGCCGUCAGGCCUUCAACUAGAACUUACAAGGGAGGGCUGUUAAGAAACUAUAAGAAGCAAGCCACGGGAACAGGAUAUGGUUUUAUAAUUGUGCUCUUCAUCUUGUCCAAGAUACCUCCAGUCGCUCUAUACUCAGUCUAUAAUUGAAAGUACUCUAGAUUCUAGAUAAUCAACCUCUUCCUCCGGUUACCUUUAGCAGGUAAGAAUAUUGACGAUUCCCUAGAUAACUUAGUAGCAUAUGAGGGCCUUAACUGACAAGAUAACUCCCAGCCAUGCAUUUCACCUCAAUGCUCGCCUCUACUAUUGUUAGCCUCGGCCUCGCUAGCCUCGCUGCUGCCGAUCGCCUAACCCUGGACUACAACUGCGGCCUCACUCACUGCCACCACGAUACCUGGUAUGAGACCGACUUCGACUCCUUCUCCGUUGACUAUUAUGGCGGCUGCGGGAGGCCUAAUAUCCCUUAUAUGCAGGAGCUCUGCAUCGAUGAGGGCAAACAGAGAGCCCACUUCCGCUUCGAGGGCCAGGGCAGGCGCUGCAUGAAGCUUGAAGAACACCAGGAUGGUGGUUGUGACGGCUGGAACACCUGCGCUACCAAUAUUUACACAGAGACUCCCUGUACCUGGAGCUGAUCUAUCGCGGGUCGUGAGGAGAUUAUUGCGAAGGGGCCUCUUCGUGUCCUGAGUGGUUUCUUUCCCAUUUAUUCAGAGGCCUUUUGAGUGUCAUGGAGAGACCUGGCUUGGUGUCACGGUUUGGGGUGCUCCUGCCGGUCGUACCUCACUUGCCAUGAGAGUGACUGCCACAUCACACUGUUCGUAGCUUCACCCAAUACAACCUCAGUUCAAUCCUUCAAUA